GUUGCAUGGUUGUCACCAAAAGUAAACAAACGCCGAACUUCUUGUUAAAAUCAAAAUUGUUUUAAAGGAACUGCUCUAAACAAGCCCCAAUAUGAAAAUUCACUGCGCUAUUAUUUUAUAAAUUGGUCAAAGCUUUGAAAAAACAACCCAUUUACAAUGGAUUUGGCUGCAUUUUCAAAUGAUGAUUUUGAUCCUUGCGAGUGGGUAAACAAAACCUUUCAAUGUCCUGAAGCAAAGGAAAAUAAAGAGGAAUUUGCUACCACAAUUGUGGCAAAACUUCAGUCAUUUAUUCAGGAAGUGAACAUAUCCUUGGAGAAAACUGCAGAGCAAGUUAAUCAAAACAUUCCAAGAAUUGCUAGAGAGAUUGAAAUGAUGCAAAAUGAAGCUAAACUUCUGCAACAGCAAAUGAAUAGUGUGAAAGGAGAUGUUAUGAAGGUUGAAUAUGAUUCAUCUCAAUCUAUGCAAAUUUUACUGAAGAUAGAUCAUGUAAAAUCUUGCAUGCAGGAAGCUAGUAAAGCUUUGAGGGAAGCAGAUAACUGGACUACCUUAUCAGCAGAUGUGGAAGAAGUUUUUGAAAGUGGUGACAUCAAUGCUAUUGCUACAAAAUUAGUUGGAAUGCAAAAUAGCUUGGAAAUACUAGCAGAUGUGCCUGACUAUCAACAAAGAUGUCUUCGACUAGAGAAACUUAAAGACAGACUUGAAGCUAUCAUUAGCCCUCGUUUGAUUGCUGCUUUUAACACACAGUCUCUAGUUUCAGAUGUUGGUUUGAUUUAUAUGAAGAUAUUCAAAGAUAUCAAAAGGCUUAACACUCUUCAAAAGCAUUACCAUAAUUUUCAAAAAAAUCAACUCUCACAGCAAUGGAAACAAAUAGUGGAAAGUGAUCCUGAUGAAACACUUAUUGAUUGGCUGAAUAAUUUUCAUGACAUUCUUUUAUCUACUUGGCAUUCACAAAUGACCUGCUGUCAACAACUUUUGCCAGACAUACCUGCAAUACAGAUACUUUUAGAGUUGUUGGUAGAUGUGUUAACAAAUUUGGAUCCAUCUUUGUCUUUUUGUAUUGAUGCUGCAAUCAAACUGCAAUCAAAUCGCCUUCAAUAUUUAAUUGAACUAAAACAGAUAACUGACAGAUUGACAAAAAGUUUAGAAAUCUCCAUACAUGCUAUUGAUUCAAAACUGCUAAAUGAUGCUCACGUAAUUCUACUAGUUAAAACCAUUUACAAUCCAUAUCGUCCUCAUAUUGAAAAAUAUGAUUUUUUGGAAGAACAGCAACUAGUUGAUUCUUUGAAAACUUUGAACAUGUCAGAUGACAUUAUGGAUUGUGUGCGCCUUCUAGGGGAAUCGAUUAGCAAGAUCUUUUGUUUCAUUCAAGAAGCUGAAAAUCGGUGUCAACAGCUUACUCAUGGCUGUGGGUUUAUGAGUUUACUUCGGGCAUUAGAGGGAUUUCUGAAUGAAUACGCUGGAAAUUUUAGACGUCUUCUCAGAUUGUUCAGAACAACCAUGCAAGAUAGUGAAAAAAGUCCUAUUGAUGACUGGUCCCUCUUUCAGCAGUCACUGCAAACCACUCAAACUAUUGGCGAAGUUUUAAUGCAACUUGAAAGUCUUGAAAUUGUUUACAUAAGCAACAUUAGUGAAGUUGGCAGGAAACUAGGCUACUUUUCUUCUGGUGAAGAAAGCUCUGUGAAUGCUUUUCAUGCAUAUGAUGAUGUUCUCUUGACAACUAAUGCCAAAAAGGAAUUGCAACAAAUGAUUCUUUUGUUGCAAGAAGAGAAAACUGCUAGUCCUUUGAAGAGUUCAAUAAACUCGUUUAAAAGGCUGUGUUCUGAAGCUGGAUCUGUUGUAUCAGAUUUGGUUCUCAAGCAAGCUCAAGUUCACUUGAAGUCAUUACCAAACAUGAAAAUUUGGUCAGAAGACACAUGUGGCUCUGUUUUAACUGAUUUACCUCAAUUCAGUUUAUCACCUCAAGAAUAUAUAACUGAGGUUGGUCAAUACUUGAUGACAAUACCUCAACAUAUUGAACCCUUUAUUUUAAGAGACAAUCCAGCACUACACACUGCUCUGAAGAAUUGUAAUAUACCGCAAGGAAUGGAACAAGAUGCAAAUAGUAAUGUAGCUGAUUAUUUGCUGGAGAGCUUGGCCAGAGGAAUAACAGAUGCCUAUUAUGAUGCUAUCCUAAAAAUAUCAUAUAUAACUCCAAAUGCAACAAAUCAGCUUAUCACUGAUAUAGGUUAUUUUUGUGAUGUUUUGGAUGACUUGGGACUAAUGCCAUCAACAGAUUUACAAAAUUUGCUUUCACUCCUGAAAGCAAAACCAGAGGUAUUUGAAAAAGAAGCUAAAGGGAAAUCUCACAUCUUGGUGCGAAAAAUUACAGCUAUGAGAAUGUUGAGGUCAUAGCAUAUUUCCAUAAAAAAAUGUAUAUAUACAGUAAAACCCCUCCUAACGGACACCCCUCUUAUGCGAACAAUUUUUAAUUCCCCAGUCCCAAUGUAAAUAACAUUAUUAAACCCCUGUCCUGCAGACACCUCUCUUUUGCGGACAAAAAAUUUUUUUCCCAUUAGUGUCUGCAUUAGAGGGAUUUUACUGUACAUUAUAUGUAAAAAAAAUAAAUCAGAGUUACAACACUGAUAGCAACGAUUAUUGAGUUUUCGUAAGUAUGUUUUCAUAUUGAGAAUUCUCUUUGCAUCUAUGCAGAAGGACAGACUGGCCAGCCGGCCCAUGGGCCAAUACGUUCUCCCGCCUA